GGCUGGUGGACCCCCGCCCCUCCUCAUGACAUCACCGCUGGACAAAGCGGCAAGGAGUGGUUUCACAGGGACGAUCCAAAACCAAACGAUAGGAAAUAAAGAGUGGUACAUUGGGGCAGAUAAGUAGACAACCGGAGUAGUUGCACACUUUAGAUCCCAUUUUGGAUAUCCCGGCUGUUGGCUUCGGUCAGAGAAGUGUUGAGAGUGACACGUUGCUGGGAAUGAACUGUUCCCCAAAAUAAGAUCAACCGCAAGUAUCACUGCCGCUGGAUGGUUGCUGAUCCAAAACUUUUGCUCCUCUAUCAUGCUCUGCCUCUGAGGACCCACGAGGCCCGCGGCUCCCAGUCUCCCAUACGGACCAUGCUGUCCCUCCUGCUGCUCUCCCUGCUGGUGGUCCCGUCUCGGGCCAUGCAGGUGCACGUGCCCGAGCUGCCGGUGGUCGCCCUGCAGGGCCGCGACACCGUCCUCAACUGCACCUUCAGCGGCACGGCGCCCUUCUCCCCCUCCGACAUCAGCGUGUUCUGGCAGCUGACGGACACCAAGCGCAGCGUGCACGGCUACUGGGACGGCCGGGACCAGCUGGUGGACCAGGCCGAGGCCUUCUCCGGCCGCACCGCCCUGUCCCCCGACCGGCUGCGCCACGGCGACGCCUCGCUGCUCCUGCGGCGGGUGGAGGUGGCGGACGAGGGCAGCUACACCUGCUUCGUCAGGGUGCAGAACUACAGCAGCUCCGCCCUGCUGCUGCAGGUGGCCGCCGCAUAUUCCAACCCAGCAGUGACCCUGCCCCCGGACUCGAACCUGCGGCCAGGCGACGAGAUGGACCUGAGCUGCGUGUCGUACGGCGGCUACCCGGAGGCCGAGGUGCUGUGGCAGGACGGGGGCGGACGCAACCUGACGGACAACGUCACCAGCUCGCUGGUGGCCAAUGAGGACGGGCUGUUCAGCGUCCACAGCGUGCUGAGCAUCAUCCUGGUGCCCAACAGCACCUACACCUGCCGCCUCAACAACCCGGUGCUGGGGGACCAAGGGCACAUGUCGGUCACCAUCACUGGUCCGUGUCAAAAUAUCCGGUCUUCUGCUGCAUGGAAAUUUCAGACCCCCUGAGUUCUGUCUCAGUGUUCGUGUCCUGAGUUGGGGAGAAGGAGAGUGUGCGAACCCCUGCAGUCUCUAGAGGUGUUCUGUUGUUUCCAUGGAGAGAUGGAAGGAGGAAUGCUUCAGUGAAUGAUUGUUGUUUACCUGUCCACCAUAUUUUCUUAGCUUGACAGAAAUUAAAUGGAUAAACAAAUGUUAAUGAUGUAGUGUCAUCAAAUGACUAGGAGCUCCAUGUGUAGAUGUGAGCUCCCCCUUUCCCCCUGGCCUCCUCUCACGCAAUACUCUGAGACCUGUGUCUUUCUCUGGCGAGAAGAGACCAUUUGUUAUCACUUUUUAACAAUGUGUACAAUAUGUGAUGUAUGGAUAUUGACCUAACAUAUACAAAGCAUUCCUCAACCAAGAAAUAAAACCAUAUGUCAGACAAUGUUAUUUGAGAGUUAUAUUGCUACAUACAAACUGUGCCUCUAUUCCUCUAUUCUCUCAUUUAAUAUGCAAAGAUCUAUGAAUAUGCAAAUUGGAAAUGGACUAUUGCCCUCAACCACUCGCAUAUUAUAUCCCCCACCCUUUCCCUCUUGCAAUAAGAAAUCAGAUAGUUUGCAUAACUUUGCAUAUUAUCGGACCAUGAUAUGCUUGAUGGAUUUGUGACAUUAAUAAUUAUGCCCAUCAUUGCACAUUACCUACUGGUACCUGUGAAAGAAGCUCUGCAUUCAUGAUUCCUUCUGUUCUGCAGAUACAGAACUCCUUCGAGGCAGACUCUAUACUCCUAAGAGGAGCGUACUGUAGAUAGACUACAUGUGUUCAGGCAAGGGGAUCUACCAUUGGAGCCCAUAGGGGCCCCACAGCCUGGUUUAAUGUUGCUAAUACUGAAACUUCUAACAGGGAUUGGUUUAUGCUGGUUUGGCCCUUGCAUUGGAUUAUUAAAUCAUAUUAAUUUCAUUCUUUUAAAACCAUUGGCAAAAUGAAUUGCAACCAAUAAAUAGCCGGGCACACCUUCAAAGGUUAGUAGUUUAAUUAUUCAUAUCCAUUUAUUUGAUGUUAAACUCUGCGCUAGAUAAGACCAUGAAUUAUUGCCUGGCAAAAGAUGGUUGCAACCUCUGUAAAUUGCUUUAUUCUGGGUGUCCAAAUAAUACAAAGCAAGGGCUGACUAAACACAAAAAAAGAACCAUUGUCUCGCAAAUGUAAUGUCUUUUCAAUUAGAAGUUGCGGAGAGAUUAAGCUGGUUCCCAAGAUAUGUAGUUUGUUCUCCAACAGCCUCGGAGACCAGUAAUUGAUUAUCAAGUGUGAAACAGAGGGUUAGGCGUGGCCGCUGCGGUUGUUUUCCCGGAGGAGAGUGGCUCCGAGCAUGUCCCUUACCCCUGCAGGCCCUCGGUAGACGAAGAAGAAAAGAGUCCAUAUUCUCAGUGUUGUCUGAUCAUGUGUGGGACUGCAAUUGACUAUGUAUGUACUUUGUUUGAAUAUAUGUACUUUAUCUGUACAGUGUCCUUGGGUACCUUUUGAAAGGCGCUUUUAAAAUACAAUUUAUUAUAAAAGAACGGUGCACAUUUUGAUCGAUAAUUAACACAGAAUCGACUGACAUUAUAGUGCGACACUUUGUUUAUCCUACUGCUGGAUACCAAGGGUCAGUCAAGGGCCGACGUGAACGUAGAACUCAGGCCGUGAUUGAGCCGCUGUAGACAGACAGACAGGAUACUCACCGCCCCAUCAGGUCAUUAACAUGCUUUCUACACAUCCUGACGCGGUCCCCGGGGCCCAGCAAGCACUAGCUCAUUACAAACUGUCCAUGGGAAAAAUAAACUCCUCGUACCUUCAUUAGGGUUUUGUCAGGCUGCGUUUAAUUUCAGCAGACAACCUUCUCGUGUGUGUGUGUGUGUGUGUGUGUGUGUGUGUGUGUGUGUGUGUGUGUGUGUGUGUGUGUGUGUGUGUGUGUGUGUGUGUGUGUGUGUGUGUGUGUGUGUGUGUGUGUGUGUGAUAGGCCACAGAAAAUCCAGUCGUGCUUUGGCUAUGGAUUGUUGUUGAUUAUGGCCCUGCACCUAAAGAGGUCUCUCAUUCCUGCAGAACGUUUCUGUUGAGAGGCGCCCUCCUGCGUCCAUUAAGAGCGAAACCGUGUGAUGAGUCACUCUCCUCACGUCAUCUGAGGAGGUUCUGAAUGAGGCUGAGCUGCUAAAUGAUUACUAUUAAUACAUGAGAUAGCUUUGAGAAGUCGUGGAAACCGAGAUGAUGAACACUUCCAGGGGUGUAUGAAGGAGCCAUUUAAUAAGUUGUUGAGACACUGAAAGAUAAUCUCUUCGAAUCCACCUUUUUGCCAUGCUUGUAUAACCAAAGCACACAUGCAAAGGUAUUUUGCAUGUGUAAUAUGUCUAACUUUUUUAUGGUAAACUCUGAAUGUAAAUAUAAUAUAUGAAUUACUAAUUGAAGAGUGAUUCGCAAAUGUUGCUUCAAAACCGUCCGGCUGUAUAUUAGGGGCCGAGGUGUGCCUGAAACUAUCCUCAUGGGUUGCUAGAUGUAGCAUUAAAAAUCACUGCACGGAAGUCAAUAAUAAAAACAUACCUCUAUGUAUACAUUCAUAAAGUUUGCGCCAUGGGCUGACAACUCAUAUUUAAUUCUAUUUCCUUGCGUGCCAUCUGCAGGCUUACUUUGAGGUUUCCUAAAAGGCUCAGGGGACGAGUUUUGAUCAGAAUUGUGCAGCAGGAAAUUAGAAGUUAGUUUUAAAUCAUAAUCCACUCCAAAGACUAAGAUGUCAGGGAGACGACAGACUUUGUUAAAUGUGUCAUUAAAAUGUAAACAACAUCCGCAACGGCCUUGAACCCAGCACCUCUAUUAUUCCUGGAACAUGGCUAUAAUUGUGUUUUUAAAAGUGUGGACUGCAUUCGUCCUCCAGAAAGAUGCUUCGAAGCUGAGCGCCUCCCAAACUCCUGCGUGCUUGUCUCCGCUCGGAGAACAAAUCUGUCUCCCCGGUAGCCACCAAAGACCGCACCGCAAGAAAAUGAGAAACGCUGCUUUAUAAUAAGAGCCUGAGGCAAAGACAUACAGAAGCAUGUCUUUUUAAGAUUUGCUGUCAUUAUGUAUUCUAGUAAUACUGCAGUAGACGAGGUAUCUAUAGCAAUGUGUACUCACAGAAGUGCUUUUAUGUUCUUGGUGAGAGAGUUAUGCUUUGUGUUCUUGGGUUGGGUUUGGAGUCAUUGUUUGUGUAAGGAUUAAGCCGUGAUGUGUUUUGUGGCAUUGCCCUUGUAAAACAAAUCGGGAUAUUUGUUUAGACAUGCAGCCUAAUUUAUUUAUGUGUGCAGGUUUUAAAACAAACCCUAAAAUUGCACUAGUUUGACUAAAUAUGAGGCGAGCCAUAUUUAAGUAUGUCUGCCAGGUUUUUCUCUCCAAUGGCAGUGAGAACAAAAUAAUAAUUUGACCAAACUGUUUAUUAGCAAAACCAAUGUCGGCCAAAUAAAUAACCCUUAAUGGAAAAAAACAUGAACAAAUGCAGAUGCAAACAAAGGCACUAUCAGCGGCUGUGAAAUUGGUGUAACAGUGUGUUUCCAUCAAAGUCCAACACACUCCGGGAGCGAGGAUGUGUUUUUAUAACGUUGCUCCCAGGCACACGGGAGAGGUUAUGAAGAUUGGGAAGAAAUUAAAACUAAGCAUACGAUGAAAACAAAAACAUGGAACCGGUCUGCAAACACUACGAGGAAGGAAUUGGGUAAAGUUCUCGAAGAUUUAGUAGAAUAUUAAGCAUCCUGUUCACAAACUAGUUUUGUUUGUUCACUUUAAUGUUUGAAACUAGCAUAAAUGCCCUUGUGUUAUUUUUUGGAGGGGGGGGGGAGGGGGGAACGAAGGACUCGCAUCCUUCCAAUUGCUCGUUUAGUAUACCGGAGCCUUUAUAUUCAUGACUGUCUUCUUCAGCUUCUUAAAUAUAUGCUGAUGCAAUACAGGAGUUCUUAAGGCAAUAACUGAACACUUCAAUGAUUCUCUAUAGGGAGUUUCAAGCUGUACUUUGAAUGCUGUAACGCUCUGUCAAACGCAUGGUAUGGCUUGCCUCAAGUAUGGAGAAUCACUUUAAAUAUACCGUUAGUGUAUUGGUUUCUCAAUUUCUGUAUACUAAUGCUAGUCUGCUAAUGUGCAACUGCUGAAUAUGCUUUUGACUUAUAGCGUUUUUCUAAUAAUACAAUAAGAGCAUCAGUGCAUAAUGGAAUUGUGAUGAUUAUGAUGGUUUAAUGAUUAUUAAGUUAAUAGUAUCACAGUAGCAUUUACUGUAUCACAGUCUAACUGCUGCACAACAGCUAGCUAUGGUAUCACAUUAUAACUACUGUCACCCAGUAUAACUACUAUAUCACAGUAUAACUACUGUACCAAAGCUAGCUAUAUUAUCACAGGGUAACUAAAGUCACUAAGUAUAACUACUAUAUCACAGUAACUACUGUACCACCGCUAGCUAUGGUUUCACAGUAUAACUACUGUUACACGGUGUAACUACAAUAUCACAGUAUAACUACUGUAUCACAGCUAGCUAUGGUAUCACAGUAUAACUACUGUUACACGGUGUAACUACUAUAUCACAGUAUAACUACUGUAUCACAGCUAGCUAUGGUAUUACAGUAUAACUACUGUUACACGCUGUAACUACUAUAUCACAGUAUUACUACUGUAUCACAGCUAGCUAUGGUAUCACAGUUUAUUACACAGCUCUUCCCAGGG